UUUGUUGCUCUGAAAUUUUUUUCAACUCGGAAUGUCAUAUGGUUCUCAAUUGUCAAACAACAAAAACACGCGGUCACUAAGAAAUCGUAGUCAAUUUUCGUAUACUUUUUCUAUCCGCGACUGAAAGUAGGAACGAUAAUGUCGGACAAGUACGCCGUCCCAAAUAAAUUGCCGGCCAAGCAGGUGUCGAUAUUAGCCCAUCGAAAGAAACGACAAACUGAAGAAAAUUCACAUGGCCGAGUCAAACAGUUGAACCGAUCGUUUAAACUCCGCAAGAAGCCCAGAGGUUUCAUCAAAGCAGAGGCAUUCGUAAAUAAAUUCCGUAAAGCUGAACGAGAUACACACCGAAUGAAACGAAUGAUGGAAGCGAAAACUUUGUUCAAAGUAACUGAUUCGGAUACCAAUAAAUUGCUGGUCGUCUUCCGUCAUCGUGCCCACAAAAUUGCCUCCGAGAUAACAAAUAAAAUGUUGGGCAGUCUACGAUUGGGUCAACUAUUCAAUGCUGUUCUGCUGAAGAAUAACGAAGAGACGACGGCUUUGCUAAAAUUGGUCGAACCGUAUGUGACAUGGGGCUAUCCAAGCAUCAAUACGGUGAGAGAGUUGAUCUUCAAGCACGGUUUCUUGAGCAUUGAGUCGAAGAAAGUGGCUAUCGAUUCGAAUAAGCUAAUUGAAGAUCAUCUCGGCGAAUCUGGCGUAAUUUGCAUUGAAGACAUUGUGCACGAACUAUUCCAUGUUAACGAUAAUUUCGAUAAAAUCAAAGAGUUUUUGUUACCGUUUAAGCUCAAAGCACCGAAAGGCGGCUGGGAACGGAAGACUGGUGUCAGUUUUACAAAGGGCGGUGAAUAUGGUAACAGAAAAGAAGCAAUCAAUGAAUUACUGGCGAAAUGCUUAUAAGUCAACACACCAUGGAUGUUUGUAACAAUAAAGGCAACAAAAUUUUCUUUUUUAUUUAACUCAA